GCGCCGCGCCUGCAUUUGUCGGAUUGUGCUGGAAAUAAAGCGUAAUAUUGUUCCAGUGUUCAGAAAUCAAUUACAUUUAAAGCAUCCGGAAAAAAACAUCCGUGUCAUUGGUAAGAAUAAGUGAAGAACUAUUCCGAGACUUGAAGGCUUGUGUAAAUCUGUAGAACAUGUGGCAGGUCGGCACAGCGGGAGAGUAACACAACAAGGGAAUGAUCAGGUCAUGAGGAUCUAAUGGAAUAGAGCUGUCUCGCCUCUCUGACAAGCAGUUAUGGAAACUAAGGAAAAUGGUUCGGUCGACACCAAAAGUUCUGUGGAGAACGGGCAGCUGUCAGAUCCAGCCCACUGGGCCGUAGCAGAUGUGGUCAAUUAUUUUAAAGCGACAGGAUUUGAGGAGCAAGCCAACGCUUUCCAAGAUCAGGAAAUCGACGGAAAAUCUCUCUUACUUAUGACUCGCAAUGACGUUCUGACCGGACUGUCUAUAAAACUGGGUCCUGCACUGAAGAUAUACGAGUAUCACGUGAAGCCUCUCCAAACUCAACACUUAAAAACCAACGUGUCAUAGCUGCUGCAACAUGCCACGUCGACGCAUAGAAGACAAUCACAGCAGGAGAACGCAGGGUAACUGCAGGCAGAACCAAUACAUCUUAUGCAUCUUAAUAAAUAAAUGAUAAAAAAAUGAAUUAAUUCAUGGUGAAUUGCUUUUAGGGUGUCAUUCUGCUGUACAUGCACAUUUACCAUUUGUCUCAUCGAUGUUUACCCCCUUUAAAAAUCUUUUGGUCGUGGUUGUACAUAAAUCCUUAUUGCUUUUAACAUAAAAUGCUUGCUUUAAAAACAAUGAUCACCAAUUUAAAACGCUUUCCUGAAGAUGUUUCUGUGUUAAGCAUGAAGUACGUUUGAACAGAACUGAGAUGGAAAGAAUGUGGUGCUUUUAUUGGUUUGUUGUUCAUUUUUCCACUAUUUUUCCCCAACUUUGUGUAAUAAAGUAACAGCACAAAUGAUGCGAUGUCAGAAAGUGAUGGCUUGGUGCAUGCCAGGUUUGUUUGCAGGGGUCCAGUCACAGCGAUUGUGCCCCGUGCUGCUAUUAAUUCUGUUUAUUUAUUCAAUUCUGUACCUAAAAAUGUGACGGACAGGCAGCACAACACUGUAAUUCUGUGAUGAGUUUGUGAAACAGGGUGCUUUAAAAAGGCUGAAGUGUGUAACACGGACGUGUAGCUUGCAAUAAAUGGUGCUUUACCGA